AUGAGCGACCAAAGGACCGCGCCGACGGCGGGCGUGCCGAGCGGCUCGCUGGCGCUGUCGUUGGGCCUUGUCGAUAGUUUCAAGCCUGCCAAGGUGUUUCAUGAGUUUGUACAGCCUGACUGCCAAGUGACGAGCGUCGACUACGACGAUCGUGGCGAGAUGUGCGUCACGGCGUCGAACGACGAGACGAUCCAGCUGUACAAUUGCCGUGCGGGACGGCAUACCAAGACGCUCUAUAGCAAAAAAUACGGCGUGUACCUCGCGCGCUUUACGCACCGCGCAUCGGCGAUUAUUUACGCGUCGACCAAGGAAGAUGACACCAUUCGAUACCAUUCGCUGCACGACAACAAGUACCUGCAGUACUUUCGUGGACACAAGCGGCGCGUUGUGUCGCUCGAAAUGUCGCCGGUCGACGAUACCUUUUUGUCCGGCGCAGUGGACGACGCCGUGCGGCUGUGGGACUUGCGCAGCCCGGCCGCGCAAGGCCAUCUGCGUGUGCAGGGCCACCCGGUCGUGGCGUACGACCCCACCGGCGCGGUGUUUGCCGUGGCACUGAACGAGCGCAAUGUCGUGCUCCUGUACGACGUGCGCAAGUUCGACCACAGCCCAUUCCUUACCAUCACGAUCGACGACACGGCCGCCCUCUCGCAGGUGUCGAUGCCGCCGCGCGUGCCGGUGAUUACCCAUCUCUCCUUCAACCAGUCGGGACAAUUUAUUUUGGCCGGCACGGCGGGCGACGUGCACUACGUCGUCGACUCCUUCUCAGGCAAGGUCCUAUGGCGCCUCGUCGGCCAUCUCGGGCUCGAGCAGGCUUCGGGCGGCGGAGUGGGCAUGGUGCCGCAGGCGGGCAUUAGCGGCCAGGAGGUGUGCUGGACACCCGACGGCAAGAUGGUGAUCUCUGGCUCGGCCAACGGACAGCUGUGCAUCUGGGCCAUGCCGGAACAGAUUCCCACCUCGCCCAAAACACUCCAGCCGAGUGCGAUGCUCAACGGGCACGAGGGGCCGGCGCGUGUCGUUGCGUUCAACCCUAAAUGCGCUCAAUUGUGCACAGCGGGCGCGCAGGUUGCACUCUGGCUCCCGGACCUCGAAGGAGUCGCUGAAUAG